AGGCUCCGAGCUCCGCGCCCCCCACCCUGCGCCAUGUCUCCCCCCGGCUCGGCUGCAGGAGAGAGCGGCAGCGGCGGCGGCUGCGGCGGUGGCGGCCCCGGGCCCCUGGAGGAGGCGGCGGCGGCGGCGGAGGGCACCGCCCGAGAGGAGCAGCGCCCAGUGCAGCCCUCCUUCACCAAGUCCCUCUGCCGGGAGUCGCACUGGAAGUGCCUGUUGCUAUCGCUGCUCAUGUACGGCUGCUUGGGGGCCGUGGCCUGGUGCCAUGUCACUACGGUAACUCGCCUCACCUUCAGCAGCGCCUACCAGGGCAACAGCCUUAUGUACCACGACAGUCCCUGCUCCAAUGGCUAUGUCUACAUCCCCCUGGCCUUCCUGCUCAUGCUCUACGCUGUCUACCUCGUGGAAUGCUGGCACUGCCAGGCCCGCCACGAGCUGCAGUACCGAGUGGACGUGGGCAGCGUGCGGGAGCGCGUGGGUCGCAUGCAGCAGGCCACGCCAUGCAUCUGGUGGAAGGCCAUCAGCUACCACUACGUCCGGCGCACCCGGCAAGUCACCCGUUACCGAAACGGGGAUGCCUAUACUACCACGCAGGUCUACCACGAGCGUGUGAACACGCAUGUGGCCGAAGCGGAGUUUGACUACGCUCGCUGCGGUGUCCGCGACGUGUCCAAGGCGCUGGUGGGGCUGGAGGGCGCGCCGGCCACGCGGCUGCGUUUCACCAAGUGUUUCAGCUUCGCCAGCGUGGAGGCGGAGAACGCGUACCUGUGCCAGCGCGCACGCUUCUUUGCGGAGAACGAGGGGCUGGACGACUACAUGGAGGCGCGCGAGGGCAUGCACCUGAAGAACGUGGACUUCCGCGAGUACAUGGUGGCCUUCCCGGACCCGACGCGCCCGCCCUGGUACGCCUGCCAGUCGGCUUUCUGGGCCGCCGCCCUGCUCACGCUGUCCUGGCCGCUGCGCGUGCUGAGCGAGUACCGCACGGCGUACGCCCAUUACCACGUAGAGAAGCUCUUUGGGCUGGAGGGCGGCGGCGGCGGCUCCUCCCCGAGCGGCGACGAGUCGCUGCCUCCGCUCACCCAUCGCCUGCCCCGGGUCAACACGGUGGACAGCACGGAGCUGGAGUGGCACAUCCGCUCCAACCAGCAGCUGGUGCCCAGUUAUUCCGAGGCCGUGCUGAUGGACCUGGCUGGGCUGGGAGCUCGCAGCUGCGGCGGCGGCCCCGGUGGGGGCUACGCGCCCUCCUGCCGCUACGGCGGCGUGGGCGGCUCGGGGGCCGCCGGGGCCGCCCCGUACCGCCGCAGCUGCGAGCACUGUCAGCGCGCAGUCAGCAGCUCGUCCAUCUUCUCGCGGAGCGCGCUCAGCAUCUGCGCCAGUCCCCGGGGCGCGGGCGGGGCUGGGGGGCCAGGGGUCAGCGGCGGCUGCGGCGGGAGUCGUUUCUCCCUGGGCCGCCUCUACGGCUCCCGCCGGAGCUGCCUGUGGAGGAGUCGGAGCGGAAGCGUUAACGACGCCAGCUGUCCCACGGAGCAGACGCGCUUGUCCAGCCAGGCCAGCAUGGGAGGCGACGACGACGAUGAGGACGAUGAAGAUGAAGAGGGAGGACCCCCUCCACCCUACCACGACGCUCUCUACUUUCCCGUGCUCAUAGUCCACCGGCAGGAGGGGUGCUUAGGCCAUAGUCACCGGCCCUUGCACCGCCACGGCUCCUGCGUGGAGACCUCACUGUGACCCCUCCCUCCCCCAUCUGUCGAGAGGGGGUGGGCGGCAGAGGGGGAGGUGUCGCAAGGAUUGAGGGGACUGGGGAAGGGGCCUCCCACCACCAACCCGCUCCACGCCAAACUUUAUCCCGUCCCCAACCUGGAGAGCCACGGAUGUCCGGGUGACCAAAAGCAGAAGGGGCACGCUUUGAGGGGCAUUGGCUAGAUCAGCAAGGACCUUGGCUCCCCUUUUCCACGAAAAGAGUAGGGAUGGUGCGCGUGUGUAUGUACGGAUGUAUGUGUUUGCGUGGGGGAGGGGGAGACUGGCCCAGAAUUUUCAGAGAAAAGAGAUUUGGGGGAUUCAGAACCAUCAAGGCCAAAGUGACUCCUCUGCCCCAUGCCAAAUCCUGUGUUCCUAAAGGCAUAAAGGGACGCAGCCUCACCUAACCCGGCUUGGGACCCAGCCUUUUACAAGAUCUUCCGACUGUUAUAUGGGAUCCUGUUAUCUCCCUCUUCUGCACUGCCCCCUCCCUCUUUGUCAGCCUACUCCAUGGAAGAAGCAGGCCCUCCUAAUUGAGCUGGGGAGAGAAAGAUCUUGGGCGGAGGAAAGAUACUGGGGGAGGCCUGAAGGAGAUUCCCCUCUUCCCCCACUUCACCCCAUUUGGAAUCUGGUGGGGCAUGGUGGGAGGGAAGGCAUCUUAAGUGGGUCUCUGAUUGAGACAUCCCAACUUCAAUUCCAUGGAAAAUGCAGAGAUCCUUCCCUCUCUGGCCUCUCUCCUCUCCUUGCUCCCUCCCCCCAAGGCCAGUCUUUUCUGCUUCUCUAUCCCUCCUUUAAACCUCCUGUUUAUCUUUCUGGUCCCAGGAGUCCAGACUUCCAGAGAGAUGAUUCUUUUUACAAAGAUAUCACCUGCCUUUGGAUCUCUUUCUCUUGGUGGAGGGAUGAGAUUGCAUAGCAGGAAGAAGGACAACUGGAUUCCUUUCCUCAACUCACUUGGGUCUCAGUUUCUCCACCUAGGCCAGGGGUCCUGUGCUUUGUCUAGAAGGGAGGCUGAGUGGGUGAGAUGACACACAGGAUGCUGGCCAGGAAGAAUGACAAAACAAAGUGAUCUGGCCUGAGAGGCCUGGAUGGGGAGAGUAACCAGGAGAGAGGAGUGUAAUGUGGAGGGGAGAACCUGACCAGAAUUGGGGGGAGAGGGGGCUUCUCUUUGUGCCCCCUGCCUCACAUAUCCUGAGCUGGCAACUUUGUCCUAAGCCUAAACUGGAGAAAUUCUGGAUUCCAAUAUUUUGGGGCCUUUAAGGAUGUGUUUCUACCCCAACCCCCAGCAGCCCUAGCCCCAUGAGCUCUGGUCACUGCUGUGUAUCCUAGGUUCCCUUAAGGGAGGCAGAAAUAAACCCUGCCCCCAUUUUAUUCUCCUGCUGUCUAUGGCUCAGCAGCCUUCCAUUUCUGCUGCUCCUAACCUGGUCCUUUGAUGCAAAAGGGCCGCAGCACUUCCUCUCUGCCCCUGGUUGUUUCAGCCUGCAUGUCGGUGUGCUACCCUCUCUUCCCAACUAACUGUCUGUCCCCAGCUCAAGCUCAUCUCUGCUGAGCAGUCCAGAGUGAGUUACUGUAGGUCUUGUGGAAGACUAGAAUUUUCUUUCCCUUGCUUUCUCCUGUCUCCCUCAGAGAUCACCUAGAGGUAACACCCCUCCCCCCACCUUGGACCCAGCAAUGUCAGUGCCCCCUCAUUGUGGCCUCCACCUAUGCAACAUCAUCUCUGUCCCAACAUUCCUCCUCACUGGGGGUUUGGGAAGGACAGAUUCUGGAGGCACUGCUUCUGAGCUAUUUUUCAAGGGGUUAGGGCCUGGCUCUGAUUAGACUGGUGUGUGUAUGUGUGCCUGUGUGUGUGCUCGUGGAGGGCUGAGAGGCUGGUGGUGCUAGCUAGCUUGAGGGAGGCUGUGGGAAGGUGAUAGCAGAAUGUCCACUAGGUUCUUAUGGGAAUUCUUCUCCCCAUCUCUCCCCCUAUUGUACAACCCACACUCAACUGGCUGCUUUCCCUAGGCUGUACCCUCUCUCCCCUUCUGUCCGGAACCUGGUCUGAGCCAUCUUGUCACCCCACCUAAAGUGCAUCUGUGAGAUCUAGGUAGUAAGGCAGGGGAUCCCCCUCCCACUUCAUGGCCAGACCCAUUCCCUUCCAUGUUGCUGCUCCUGCUGUCAACUUGUAAAACAUCUUGUUUCUUCAGAAGGAAGGAAAAACCAUUAGAGCCCAUUUCCCUCAGAAAGGGCCUGAGUGGUUGUGAUGGAAAUGCAGAAUGCCAUUUGUCUGGACGUGAGCCAAGUAAAUGGGAUCAGGACUCGAACUCCUCAUUCCUUGCCUGUACUCACCAUCCCUGCCUUGGGUGUCACAUAUAGACACACACACACACACAGAGGCAGACUUAGAGAUAUGAAUCCUUUGGUUCUUGCUUGAUGAUUCUACUGAUUGGCAGGAGAAAUUCAAACCAGUGAAAUUAAUUAAUCUCUAAAAUUAAACCUUACACUGAAUGUUCUCAUUCCUCUGAUGAGGAAGUCUGCUAGCAGCGCGCACACACGCACACCCACACAUUCACACUCUUGCACAGAGAUGGAGUCAAACUCACAGUGGCACGGGCACACAGAUGGGCUGGGCACCGACAAGCUUCGGGACUCACACAUGCUUACUCCCCACUGGUGCUCUGCUAGGCGUCGGCUGGAUGACAGGCAGCUCCAGCCGGCCCUCUCCUCAAACUCCCUGCCCUGAGGGAUUUGCCUGACUGACACGUCUCUGUGGUUUUCCUUCCAGGGAGGGACCUCACCCCUUCUCUGGGCUUCCAGGACUGGGGGAUAGGGUAACGGGGAUGAGGAGGAUUGUCAUUUCUCCGUUAGUUUCUUUGACAAACACCAAGAGGGGCAGGGAGGGGAGAGCUUGGCUGUUUUCCUAGCCCUUGCCACAUGCUAGAGUGGGUAGGCAGGGUGGUGGCAACCCUGGAAAGACAGAGGUAGUGGGAUGCAGGCAUUUAACCAUAUGCUUUGGGGAACAUCUGGAAAGCUUGGUGUGGUAGGAUGAGGGCUAGGGGCUGUGAGGGGGGGUAGGACAGUGCUCUGUCCAUUGGGUGCAUCACGCUGUGGCCUUUCUGUUAAGGAUCUCCAAGUGAAAAGAUUGUACAAACCAAACGUGGAAAAAUAAAGUUUUCAGAUGACUCACUGAC